UGGGCUUUUACUCCUGUAAUGUGCUCCAUCUCGGUUCUGUGUGGCUGCCUGUAGCCUUUAUGCUGAAGGAUCUUUGUGGUUUUCAUUUGCUAACAUGCAUGGAAAUGAGAACAAAUGGCACGACAGUUAAGACUGCGUUUUGCAACCCAGAGAAGCAACACAGAUCCAUUAUCAGAAACCUCUGAAGAUGUUUUGGAUAGUAACCGUCUCAUGUACUUCAAAAAACCUUCACAGAAUUCUGUACCUAAUAUUGCACAACUGAAGCCAACUCAUAGACACGUUGCCUAUGCACCUAUAAUGCAGGAAAUAAUUAAUCAACAAGGGAAUGCAACUAUUUCUUCAUCACACAAAAAAAGGAGCACCUCACUGCACAUUUCUCUGCAGUCUAGAAAGUAUAAUGGAUGUUUUCAGCCUGGUGAUGGUGUGGCUGCUAGUGAAGACACCUCGUUUUUCAGCAUUGGUAAUGAAGGAGGCUGUGGCAUUAGAACCGUGGUUGAUCAUGGAUCUAAUGAUAGUCACCUGAACAGUGCUGCGUUGUGCCACGGCAGCCUGGGCAGCAUCGCGGCCAGCGAGAACGGAUCCCUCAGCAGUGCUGGCAGUGACUAUGGAUCAUGCGCAAGUACCACCAGCGAUGGAGGUUCCUACACCAACAGUAUCAUCAGUGACUGUAGCAGCUGUACCCUUUCAAUAGGUGAUGGUACUUUCUGUAAUAAUGUUGUAUAUGGUAAUUCUUCGUAUAGAAACAUAGCAAACAAAUGUAAACCUUGCAGGAACAGCUCGUCUCAGGAAACACUGUGUAGAGGUAAUACUGCUUUUGAUCAGGAUGCUUUGACAGUGAGGAAGAAAACUAAAAUUCCACUGCGACGUUGUUCGUCAUUGGUAAUCUUCCCUAGGAGUCCAUCCAGUACUCCUCCGACUUCUCCAGUAAACUCAGGCCAGCUGUCGCAGAGAGGGGUCUAUCAAACAUCCCAUAAGCUAAUUAUUUCUCCUGGCGAACCGGCACAAAAAGAAGAUCCUACCAUUCCCAAGGGAUUCCUUUCCACUGCAGUCAAUGGACUUCGACUAUCUAAAGCAGUUUGCUCUUCUGGUGAAGUUAGAGAUGUUCGACCACUUUACUCGAAUAGUUCAUUACAGGACAAAAAUCAAAUUUUGAAUAGUUCUGAGCAGGCACCUUGUGAAGAAGUAUCUGAUGGUUACUCUUGUAUUUCAGUCCAUCUUGCUCAGAGAGCAUUUCCAUCGAGUAAUGAAAUGGUUAAUGGCUGUUGCAGUCCAGAGUUAAAUCUGAACUCCAGUGCAAAAUAUCCUCAGAUAAAACUGGCACGCAGCACAUCUGCAUGUUUACCCUCAAAAAUAGAUUCAGAAUAUCAGAUUAAUAUUAGUGAACUACGAAGACCGAAUGCACAGAUGAGCCGAACCCACCAUGUUUUGCAAAGAAGUGUUUCAUUAGAAGGAUCAUGUCAAAAAGUUUCUUGCUGUUUAUCCAGUCUUAAAUACAAGUGUCAAAACGCGAGGACGUCUCAGUUGCACAUUCAGUUCAAACCGGGGAAUGAAGCAAAACCAAAUGGUGUUAAGAAAAGAUACGGAACCUCUAAAAGGGAAUUAUCGAGCAGUUAUUUGUGGAGGCCCCAUAAGACACGAGAUGAUUUUCUUGGGCAAGUGGAUAUUCCUCUUCAUCAGCUACCGACAGAAAAUCCCAGUAUGGAGAGACCAUAUACAUUUAAGGAUUUUGUUCUUCAUCCAAGAAGCCAUAAAUCAAGAGUUAAAGGCCACCUUAGAUUAAAAAUGACUUACUUACCUAAGAACAAUGGGUCUGAAGAAGAAACCACGGAACAGGCCGAAGAAUUGGAGCCUGGGUGGAUUAUACUGGACCAGCCAGAUGCUGCUAGUCAGCCACAGCAGCAGCAACAAGAAUCUCCUCCGCUGCCUCCGGGCUGGGAAGAACGGCAGGAUAUCCUUGGCAGGACCUACUAUGUCAAUCAUGAGUUCAGAAGAACUCAAUGGAAACGACCAACUGCUCAGGACAGCGUAGCUGUUUCAGAUAUGGGUAAUAUUCAGUUGGAGGCCCAACAUGCAUUUACCCAUCGGCGACAGAUAUCAGAGGAUACAGAAAAUCUAGACAACAGAGAUUCCCCUGAGAGCUGGGAAAUUAUAACAGAAGAUGAGGCAACGAUGUACAGUAAUCAGAACCUUCAAACACCUCUCCCACAGAGUAAUUGUGAUAUACAGGCUCAUCUUGCAGAAGAACUAAAUACUAGACUUACUACUUCUGGAAAUACAGCUACUGGCCAGUCAACAGCCUACACUAAUCAUUCCAGCAGAAGAGGUAGUCUGCAAACAUACAGAGUUGAGGAACAGCCUGCACUUCCAGUGUUACUACCUACUUCAUCUGGGUUACCCCCAGGCUGGGAAGAAAGACAAGAUGAAAAAGGAAGAUCAUAUUAUAUAGAUCACAAUUCUAGAACUACUACUUGGAUAAAGCCAGUUGUACAGAUUGCAAUGGAAGCGAGUCAAGUGAGAACUGCACAAAGUAUUUCUGUAGGACGGCAACCACAGGCAACAUCAAGUGAUUCAACACAACAGUCUUCUAAGCAGCAGCCUGAAAUGGAACAAGGAUUUCUCCCUAAAGGCUGGGAAGUCCGACAUGCACCUAAUGGGAGACCAUUCUUUAUUGACCACAAUACUAAAACUACUACAUGGGAAGAUCCAAGACUGAAAAUUCCUGCUCAUCUGAGGAGAAAGACUUCCCUAGAUCCAGUAGACCUAGGGCCAUUACCACCAGGCUGGGAGGAGAGAACUCACACAGAUGGAAGAAUAUUCUACAUAAAUCACAAUACAAAGAAAACACAGUGGGAAGAUCCUCGACUACAGAAUGUGGCAAUAACUGGACCAGCUGUGCCUUACUCCAGAGACUAUAAACGGAAGUAUGAGUUCUUCAGAAAGAAAUUGAAGAAACAGAGUGAUAUUCCAAAUAGAUUUGAAAUGAAAAUUCAUCGCACAACAGUCCUUGAAGAUUCUUACAGAAGAAUUAUAGCUGUAAAGAGAGCAGAUUUCCUUAAAGCAAGACUUUGGAUUGAAUUUGAUGGAGAAAAAGGUUUAGACUAUGGAGGAGUGGCCAGAGAAUGGUUUUUUCUUCUCUCUAAAGAAAUGUUUAAUCCUUAUUAUGGAUUAUUUGAAUAUUCUGCUACAGAUAACUAUACUCUGCAGAUCAAUCCAAACUCUGGACUGUGCAAUGAAGAUCAUCUCUCUUAUUUCAAGUUUAUAGGUCGUGUAGCUGGAAUGGCUGUUUACCACGGCAAACUUCUGGAUGCCUUUUUUAUUCGUCCUUUCUACAAGAUGAUGCUCCAAAAACCAAUAACUCUUCACGAUAUGGAGUCUGUGGAUAGUGAAUAUUACAAUUCUCUGAGAUGGAUUCUUGAAAAUGAUCCAGCAGAACUGGACCUGAGGUUUAUAGUUGAUGAAGAGCUCUUUGGACAGACCCAUCAACACGAGCUGAAAAGCGGUGGAUCAGAUGUAGUUGUCACCAACAAGAACAAGAGAGACUACAUUCAUCUUGUAAUUCAGUGGAGAUUUGUGAGCAGAGUCCAGAAACAAAUGGCAGCUUUUAAAGAGGGUUUUUUUGAGCUGAUACCGCAGGAUCUGAUUAAAAUUUUUGAUGAAAAUGAACUAGAGCUAUUAAUGUGUGGACUGGGAGAUGUGGAUGUAGCUGACUGGAAACUACAUACAAAAUACAAAAAUGGCUACAAUGUAAACCACCAAGUAAUACAGUGGUUCUGGAAGGCAGUCUUAAUGAUGGACUCAGAAAAGAGAAUAAGAUUACUUCAGUUUGUUACUGGCACAUCACGUGUACCUAUGAAUGGGUUUGCUGAGCUGUAUGGUUCAAAUGGACCGCAGUUGUUUACAGUUGAACAGUGGGGUACCCCUGAAAAACUUCCCAGAGCUCAUACCUGCUUUAAUCGUUUGGAUUUGCCUCCAUAUGAGUCAUUUGAAGACUUAUGGGACAAACUACUUCUAGCGAUUGAAAAUACUCAGGGUUUUGAUGGGGUUGACUAGGCCACAGGCAUAAACUAUAUUGGUCCAGUGCUGCAUUUUCAUGUUAAGGGUUUACAAGCAAAUUUGAAAUUUCCAGGAACUACCAUUGUAUUUAGUCACUUGGCUAUUAAAUCCUUUGUAUUAUCACUUGUAAAAUAAGUAAGUAUUAAAAAAUCACUAACUUUUG